AUGCCCGUACUCAGCGUGAAUACGAUGAAAGCCAUAUUAUUACAGCACGCAGGAUUGAACAGAGUCCUACGGGGGAGUAUCUGGUACCGGAUUCAGAGGAGUUGAGGUGUGUCAGAUACUGUGUGGUGUAUGACUGUGAGACCAGUUCUUUGGAUUGCUGUGACUAUGAGGAAGAGGAGAAAGAAAAAGGGAGCAGUGCUUCUUUAGAGACUGAAAACACUGACUCAAGUUCCAUAUGUUCACAGAAUGCUGAGGAAGGAACUGCCGUCCGAUAUGCCAGAAGCUUAGAGCAGUUCACCCGCCAUCCCGUGCUCAUCCUGAGGGGAGGAUACAAGCGUUUUUCAGCUUGCUAUCAUUUUCUGAGGAGUCAGAAGAUACUGUGGAUGCCUCAGGAACUAGACAACUUCCAGCCAUACCCUGUAGAAAUACUGCCUGCAAAGUUAUAUAUGGGCAAUUUCAAGCAGGCCUGUGACCAACAAAUUCAGAAAGAUCUGAAGAUCAAAGCACACGUCAACAUCUCAGAACAGCCUGCAACACUGUUUGCAGAAGGCGGCAAAUACCUCCAUAUAUCUGUUCCAGAUUCGCUCGAAGCAGAUCUUUUUUCUUCCUUUGCCACCAUUUGUCAUUUCAUAGAUGCUCAGCUGGAUUGUGGAGCGGUGCUGGUGUUCUCCAGCCUGGGGAUAAGCCGGAGCAGCACAGUAACCAUGGCCUAUCUUAUACAGUUUUCCCUGAAGAGAGCUUGGGACUACGUUCUGAAAUGCAAAACGAACAUGAGACCACACCGGGGCUUUGUGAAACAGCUCUCAGACUGGGAGAUCCAAAUCUAUGGGAGCGCGACCACAGACAUCUCUGAACCCAAUUACUGACAGGUAGCAAAGAUCACCCAGCAGGGAAAGGCGCUUCCCUGUCUGUACCACCGUGUCGGUACAAAGUUACUUGAACACCGUUUGAUAAAAGAUCUUAAUCUAACGGAAAGGCUUUCCUCUUUAGCU